AUGCCUGUUAUUGCGUAAUACUGAAGCUUAAAACCUCACUGACACGUGCAAAAAAACAAGUGUGCAUUCUUGUUAGACAAAGCUUUUGAAGUGACAGACAAUGUUUUACAUCAGGAUAUUAAUUCAGCUUUCUGUGUCAGCUGCUGUGUCUUCAUUGUCAGUUUCAUACAGUCCUAAAUCCAUAUGUGCAUUUGAAAACUCAUCUGUGGAUUUCAGCUGCACUUUUGAUUAUCCAUAUUGGCACAAGGUUGAAGUUUCAAAAUGGUUUAAGCCGAGAAAAGAUCAAAAACAAGACGGAUCACAGCAGGGAAUGUGUGUCUAUCACAACGAUGCUGCAGAGAUCCACGAACGUUACAUAAACAGAACUACAUAUGCAAACCAAGACAAAAACUGCAGCUUAAAGUUACACAAUGUCUCCAGAAAAGACAUCGGAAAAUACUUCUUUCGUGUUGAAACAGACCAUUACUGGGGGAAAUACACCGGACCAGGUGGCAUUGAUCUUAAUAUAGCAGUUCUGCCUUUUAGAGUAACAUUGAAUACACAAAAUACAAAGAGAGAAAUUCAUGAAGGAGACUCUGUGACGCUGACAUGCAAUACAGAAAACUGCACUCCAACACAAGAGGCGUUCAUCUGGUUUAAAAAUGGACUGCUUUUACCACAGGCAACCAAACAAACGCUACGAUUCUCAUCCGUCUCUCAUGAUGAUUUUGGCAACUACUCCUGCGGUCUGAAGAACAGCGACACAACCUCAACAAUUAAAACAUUGCUUGAUGUCAGAUACAGACCACAGAACGUUCAAAUUAUCAACUUCCCGUCUAAAGAGAUUGAGGAAGGAGAUUCAUUGACUCUUAACUGUAAGAGCAAUGCCAACCCUGCAUUGACAAACUACACCUGGUUUAAGAUCAGCAAAACAAACACCUCUUAUAUAGGAUAUGGUAGUAAAUACUCCCUCGAAACUGUGAGUCAGAAAGAUGCUGGACGAUACAUCUGUGUUGCCAUGAAUGAUGUGGGUUCUCAAAACUCUACAGUCAUUGAACUAAAAGUUAAAGAGCAUAGUCGUCUCGAUUUCUUGUUUAUUGCCACGACUGUGUUAUUGUUGGGCAUUGCCGUAACGCUGAUCAUCUUCUGUAUUAUGAAAAGGAGGAAACAGAUUGCAUCCAAGAAACUGCCUGCAGAAAAGACACCUACAGUCGCACCCACAGAAGAAAUCUAUGAGAACCUGAGAAAUACACACAAAUCUGAAGAAAACUCAACCAACCUGACAUAUGCAGAUCUGAUGCUUCCUCCAGCAUCUUCAGACAGACCACAGUACAACAGUCAAGAAGACAUGACAGUGAUCUACAGCAUACUGAGCGACAGAGAAAAAACAAAGACCUUUGAGCAAAUCUAAGCAUUGUACACUUUUAAACCCAGCUGUUGGGUUAAGUUAACCCAGAUUAUUUAUAUAUUUAACC